AUGUACAUCAUCAAGCCUUCGUGGCUUCGCCAUAGUGGCGAACAGAAGGACUUUGAGGUUUACAGCUGCCACGUCUCCCAGGAUGGAAAGAGACUGGCCACCGCUGGCGGAGAUGGCCAUGUUCGCAUCUGGUCGACCGAUUCAAUCUACAAUGGCCAUGUCGAAGGCUACUCGGCCCCGCGACAGCUCUGCCACAUGAGCCACCACCUGGGUACCAUCCAUUCCGUCCGAUUCUCCCCAAAUAAUCGCUACCUCGCUUCCGGCGCCGACGACCGUGUCAUCUGCAUCUACCAGCUCGACAGCAACCCUCCAUCACACGCCACCACAUUCGGCACCAACGAGCCACCGCCCAUCGAGAAUUGGAAAACCCACAAACGCCUCGUAGGCCACGACAGCGACGUCCAGGACCUCGCCUGGUCUUACGACAACUCGAUUCUCGUCUCAGUUGGUCUCGAUUCGAAAGUGGUGAGCUCCCCGCUCACCACGUACUUUCGGAGGUGUAGUUGGUCGCCAGAUGGCAAUCACAUCGCGGCGGCGAAUGCAGUAAACGGCCCAGUCAGCAGUGUGGCCAUCAUUGAGCGUUCAAGAUGGGACAGCCAGAUCAACCUGAUUGGUCACGAAGGCCCAACUGAGGCGUGUAUGUUCUCGCCUCGUUUGUUCCAUACCCAAAACCCGGCCGAGAAGGGCGCAUCCGGAUCGCUGGUGACAGUCAUUGCCUCUGCUGGUCAGGACAAGACGUUGAGUAUAUGGAACACAAACACCUCUCGGCCAGUUGUGAUUGUGCAGGAUGUAGCAUCCAAGUCCAUUUCAGACUUGGCAUGGGCCCCAGAUGGCCAGACCUUGUUUGCCUGCAGCUUAGAUGGAAACAUCGUUGUGGUCCAGUUUGAAGUUGGCGAGCUGGGGUGGGUAGCAACGGCAGAGGAGAACGACAAGGCUCUCGAGAAGUACGGGGUUGCCAGAAAGGGAAUGGGAACUGCAGAAGAUGUUGAUGGGCUACACCUCGAGAAUCACAGCAAGGCUGGCGAGUUGCGAGGGGCCGAGUCCCGGAUGGGGGCUCUGAUGGGAGAUCUACCUGCUGCUGCUGCUGCUGCUGCUGCUGCUUCGAAGAGUGACACGGCUGGCACAACAAAUGGCACCAAGUCAACAAAGAACGGCGAGGCAAAGAACGGUGACGCGGUCAAGAAUGGAGAGACAAAUGGCACUUCUGAGCCCAAGUCAGGCAAGGAGACACCGGCCGCAGAGAGUGCCGACAAGGCUGCAGAGCGCAUCAACGAACUGAAGUCCCGGGUGCAGGUAACGAAGGAUGGAAGGAAGAGGGUUGCACCUCUGCUAGUCUCGUCAUCCGGCACUGGCUUACUGUCAUUACCACAAUCGCAGCUAGUGGGCGCGAAGUCCAAGACUGCGAUACAAAGCGAGACGCCUCAGACGGUGAUUGAUCUUUCAAAACCCUCCCAUGGGCUACCAAAAGGCGGUAUCGCCGCCUUGUUGCUAGGCACCAAGAGAAAAGCUGUUGUGCUUGACGGGGAGGAAGAGGAUGAACCCAACAAGCGGCUGGCAACAGGUCCUGUACCAAUCAUGGCUGACACAGUCGACGGCCUUGAGCCAGCAACCCUCACAUCACCCGCUCAAGGCCUCGUCCCAACGCCAGAGUUCCUCCGCUCAGCCGUCGUGAGCCCCUCGGUAUCCUUCUCCCAAGUACGACUAGCAGUUCCCAAAAUCCGCUCUCACAUUGUCCGUGCCCUCGAAAAGGGAGUCCUUCAAGGGGAAUCCACCCUCGAAGAAGCCUCCAAAAUCCCAGAAAACACCAUCCUCGAGGCCAAAAACCCCGCCCGCCCCCGCGAACCCUCCCAUAUUACCGCCACCAAGCGCGGUGCCCUCCUCUGGCAAGACUACCUCCCCCGCGCCAUCAUCCUCCUAACAGGCAACAAGCACUUCUGGGCAGCCGCCUGCGAAGACGGCACCCUCCACACCUGGACGCCCGCCGGCCGCCGCCUCUUGAACGGCAUUAUACUCGAGUCCCAACCCAUAAUCCUCGAGUCAAGAGACCACUGGCUCCUAUGCGUAACAUCAGUAGGCAUGUGCCACGUCUUCAACAUAAAAACCAUGUCCGCUGCCCACCCACCCGUAUCCCUCGCCCCCAUCCUCGACAUUGCCAUCACUUCUUUAUCUCCAGACGGACCAACAGCUGCCCCGGGAGUAACCUCCGCCCACCUCAACAGUCUCGGCACAAUCGUGGUAACCCUCUCCAACGGCGACGGAUUCUACUACUCGCCCACAUUAUACACCUGGCAACGCCUCUCCGAGUCCUGGUGGGCGCUAGGAUCCCAAUACUGGAACAGCAACGACUCGUCGCUUACCGCCCUCUCCUCGACAGCAGUCGGCCCCUCGGCGCCGGCGAAGAAACCAAAGUCAGGUGGUGAUGAUAAACCCGACAUUUCGGCGGGUAUAAUCCCCCACUUGGAACGGCACACGACGACAGAAUUCCUCGUCAAGGGACGGGCGUACACCUUGCAGCGACUGAUCAAGCAACUCGUAGCCAAGGACGGGUUUGAAGGGUUCGAAUCGGUUGUUUCUGUCGCCCACUUGGAGAAUCGCAUGGCGGGUGCUCUGGCCUUGGGGGCAAAGGAGGAGUUUAGGUUGUAUCUAUUCAUGUACGCCAAACGGAUCGGUGCCGAAGGAUUGCGGUCAAAGGUGGAGGAAUUACUCAACACGUUGGUAGGGGGCGUGUUGCAAGACAGUAAGGAUGGGGGGGGAAAGGGAAGGGGCUGGUUUGAUAAAGGGGAGGUGAUUUGUGGUUGGGAGAGGAAGGAGUUGCUGAAGGGGGUGGUGUUGAUUCUUGGCAAAUUCAGGGAUUUGCAGAGGACGACGGUGCAAUACGCUAGGAUACUGGGGUUGACGGCUGGGAAUGAGGAGGAUGAGGAGGAUGGGGAAGAGACGAAUGGGGUGGUGGACCAGAUGGAGGAGUAA